AAGUCAAGCGCCGGGAACGCGCUGCUAAGGCUACUUGCCCGCCGCGUCACUCCCCCAGCUCCGGGGAGCCGCGACUUGGCGCUGGCGUGCCUCCGGGGCCCGGGGCCGCCAUUUGGUCCUUCUCUUGCUGGGACGUCACGGACUUCUGAUUCCUGACCUCCGGCUCCCCCACCCCAGUCACCUCUUCCCUCAGCCGUUUAGUGCUUUCCUCUCCUGGAGCAAGCCGGACUCCUUCCCGCCCCUGACCUAGGAGCCCAGGCAGCCCCUGCCCCGUUAACCCUUCUCUUGCCGGCCAGAGGCCUCUUCCUCCUCCCUGCGGCCUCCUGCCGUCUUUCCCUCUCUGACGCUCCUCCCUUAAUCCCCAACUCCUUUCCCUCCGAAAACCGUUUCCCCUCAGUUCCCUCUCAGCAAGGCAUGAGCGCGGGGGAGUGUGAGGCUUGCCCAGUGGGCGCAGACCCCAGCCGAGCCCCUGGACCCCCAACGGCGGCUGCAGGCACAGAGCAGGGUGGCCAGGCAGAGCGCCUCGCGGCCCCGAGGAGGACCCCCUCACCCGCGGGGAGCCCAGACCCAGCGGCGCCCGGGGAGCCGCGGAGCCCCCAUCCUGCCGGAGGCCCGGGGGCUCAGCGUCCGGGCUCUUCUGCCUCCCCUGAACAUCCCCUCCCCGUGAGAGCCAAAAAACUGGUCCUUCACAUGGACAUAAACAACACCAUCUUGGUGUCUGACAGUGCCACGGGUGAGGGGCCUAAAGCCGCCCUCGGCUCCUACCUGAGCACCGUGUGCUGGGGGCGUUUCAGCCAGGAGGGUAAGUGGCAGUGGCUGAGUGAGCUCCCUUCAUUGCUGCCCCCUACCCCUGAUGCCAGCAGCUUCUCCUCAAUUUUUGGCCGGCACACCAAGUUUAUUUCGAGUACACUGGGCCAUCCCUUCCAGUCACUCUUCUCCUCCUAUUUGCAGCUGUUGGAGUGGCCUGGCCAGCCAAAUUCAGUUUUCUCUGUCCUAGGGGAGGAUGGCCGUCAUUACCACCGUGUGUUGCCAGCCUUUUUCAAAUUACUGGCUGGUCUUUCUCAGCAGGGCCGCCGCUUUGCCAUCAUUUUCCGCACCUUUGGCAAAGACUUGACCUCACUACUUCAGACCACACAAAGUGCCCUUCAAGGCCAGCACCCGCAGUUCUCAGCCUUGAAAGAGCUCCCUGUGGACCUGCGACCUGGAAAGAUCCGCUGCAGUUCAAAAAAGGUGAUGGUCAGUCGAGGGAAAGAAUCUGUGUCCAGUUGGCCAGAUGCAAGAGUUGUGUAUGACUACUUCAGUGCCAUGGAAGGCCUGGGGGGCUUUCAGGACCACUUUGCUUGGUGGUCCAGGAACAAUUUCUCCAGUCAAGGUGGCAAACCACUGUGGGUUGAUCCCCAUGAUCCUGAGGUCCAACACAUCUGUUUUGAUGAUAACAUUCGACUACAGGAUAAGGAGAGCAUCGUCCACCCUCAGGUGUUUAUGGGACAGGGAGGACAAGAAUACUGUACGGUCCCUACCUCUGAACUCUACGGCAUCUGCUUAGUGCAAAACGAUCUCCUUCAGGCCAUUGCCAAUCCUGACUACUUCUUGAUGACUGUGAGCCAGUGUGAGGAUCGGUAUGACCAAUACUUGUCAAAGAUCCAGGCAGAUGAUGGCUAUUGAGAAAUCAAUUCAGCUGACUAAUAGACUUCUAGACCACUUCAACAAAUAGCGCUCUUGGACAUCAUGGCAAGUCAUUUGCUCCAUUUUAAUCAGAAUGGGGAGGAAGCAAAAGGUAAGAAGGGUCUUUGUAUCUGGCUCUCAUCAUAUGUAUAGUCUCUUUUGGCUUUGGGCCAAGGUGAGAGUUGUAGGUGGAGAACUGAUCUCCCCUUUCACUCCCAGUACCUUUGCACAUGGACGUUUGCCUUCGGUAGGGGGAUCUAGCUCUACUUUGGCUUCUGUUUCACAAAAUGAUGGUUAUGUGAUUGGAAUCUACAUAUUAAAAUCCAACUUCAAUAUGGGGUCAAACACUGCUUCUCUCUUUUUCUCACUGGCUAGGUGGAGUAGACCUAUGGUUGGUAUAGCUGGGUUCUGAGGGGAGGACUUGGGAUGAGGUUAACCGUGGCUCAGCCAUUGCCAGUAGUAAAAGGAAAGUGGGUCAUCCAGAUUUCUACAGUAGGUCUAAGGUAAAUAUGGAGUAGAAUAGAAAACAUUUAUUAAGUAUUUACCAUAUGGCAAGCAGUGUUGGGAAGGCAGUAAUGACCUUGAGGAUUAGAAUAGUUAGGGUCUGUGUUAUCUUAUCAGAGGUUAGAAUAGAGAGGUCAGUAUCCAGUCAGAAUUAGACAUGAAACUAGAACUCUGAUGUUCCAAUUCCUUGUAUACUAUUGAAUACUAUUUUUCCCAUAACACCACCAUAUUCUUGAUAUUUUAAUAUAUACAUAUAUUAAUUUUACUAAAAGACAUUAUAUGACAUGAAUGAAUCAUGGGCAAACUGGGUGUAAAGUCAGUCCUGAAAGGAAGUAGGAAGUUGGUUAGGUGGAACUCAUCAAUGUGGAAUGCAACCAUUCUCUCCUUGAAGAGAGGAAAUGGAUAUGGGUUUUGAAAAUUAGAUCAGAUAUUCCACAGGGAUGGAUGAGAGAAGAGCUAGACAAAUUUGCCUUUUCUAAAAUGUCCCCAAGUCCAUAUCUCUAGGACCGUGCUCUCAUUAACAUUUACAAUCUAUAUUUUCAUAUUUAAGACAUUUUUAAUUGUAGGUUAUAAUGGGAGAUUUCUUAAAGCUAUCUCUGACUCAGAAUCUUCUCCUUGUCCAUCAACCCCAAUUUGACUCUUUCCUUCUGAUAACAGUGGUUUCCAAGGCUAGAAUUCUGUAGUGUUUUUGACCUACCACCCACUUUCUGUGCCCAAACCCCACCUCUAAUCCUUUAUAGCCAGUGCUUACCACAUUCUGUAAUUUCUACCUUGGUCCAGUGCUUUCCAUGUUUUGUCAUCAUCAUCAUCAUCACCACCACCGCAAUCACCACCACCAAGACAUUACUUAAACUCUCCAGGAACCUUAUAGUUAUCUUUCACUUAGCCUUUUCCUGCUCUUUCUCUAGAUGGUACUGAUUGCUUCCCUUACCCACAUUAAUGAUUUGCUUGUCCCUCAGCUUACUAAUAAAGCAUAAAUGUAACAUGGUGCCUCCUCUUUCUCUAGCAUUUUUUUGUUUUGUUUUGCUGAGGCAGUUGAGGUUAAGUGACUUGCCCAGG